UCUAACAGCGUAACAGAGUGACCAACGUCGCGGCGCUUCGGCCCUGCCCCCGAUGAUCAUGACGACGACGGCGAUGCUGGCGUUCCUCGUCGCCUCGUCGCCUCGAGGCCCGUCCUCUUCGUCGUGAGAGGAGCGAUACGAGAGUGCGCGCUGCUCCGCGUGUGUGCAUACGUGUUCUUUUCGUGCGUGGAGCUCCGCUUGCUUCGUCCUCGUCCUCUUCCGUCCUCUCGUUCUUCGCGUAUCGUCUCCUACGCGCGGUUUCGUGAAUCCUCGGCUCGGAUGGAACCGGUCUCCGAGGGCAACGGAAUCGCUCUACAUUCCCGGCUGAACACGCUCGCGAAGCUCUCUCCGUGAAGUCUAGUGAAUAUUUUAAGACAAGAGUCUCCACAUGUAGCAAGAGGCGGCGCGGGCUGAUUCACUCGGUGCUCGGUUCUCGCGGUACCAGCGAGCUGGGGAAGCGGCUGGUCGUCUCGCCGUGGUGGACACCGUUCGUCGGUCUUAAGGGUCAACGCUGAGGAGAACCAGCCCGGAGACCCCGACGAACGAGCUUUCGCGCCUCGGUUCGCGGCUGGCCGACCACGAACCACCGGGAGCGACCGAGAAAGACGUCGAGAGACGAAGACGGAAAGAGACACAGAGAGAGAGAGAGAGAGAGAGAGAGCCACAUUCCGAGCGGAUCACGGAUGCUUAUAGAAGCGUUGCGUAACGGCGUCAGACGGACGGCGAAACUGCGGCUGUUGGGGCCGUCGCGUUUCGACAACUUCGACGAAAAGUCUGCUAGGGGGUCCUCUUCUGGCAUCGAGGCGGACAUCGAACGCCCUGAACACGGAUACUGCGCCGAUCUCGAGAAGAACCGUGUGCUCCGCUCGGUGCUGUUUCGUCUGUGCCGUCGCAUACGAGGUGCUCGAUAUACGGAUCGAGGAACCGUUGGUUCGACGUACUCGGGACGUUCCCGUCGAUCGGGGAUCGACUCGUCUUAUACACGUGCGUGUGGGUGCGAGUGAAACGGGGGUUCGGUAGCCGUAAGUCGGCCACGAGGAAGAUUUAAUGAGAUGAGAAGACGGAGGAAGUGAUAAAGGACGAGCGUGAAACCGGACAAGAGGUCCGUUGGAACGCGUGAACCGGGAAACGUGGAGGCGGACAGGAAGGAUGGAGCAACGUCCAGGGGGACGCGUGUGCGAUUUUUGCUAACGGGCCAGCACGACGACGAUAACGACGACGAAGACGACGAAGACGAAGACGACGACGACGAAGAAGAGGAAGAAAAAGACGAAGAUAACGACGUGGGUGGUGGGGUCAGUGGGUGGAGGAGGAGGAGGAGGAGGAGGAGGCGGUGGUGGACGAGCGGCGCGAAGAGAUGCAGCAACAGCCGCAGUCUGGCCAACAGUCCGGGGCACCGAACGGGGUGGCAGGUGGUGCCCAAUUGCCGCAAACAGGUGGCUUGAGCUCUGCUCAACCUGGAGCGACAGGUACCGCCACGGCGGCGUCCAAUCGUGCCCAGGUUAACGGGGGCAGAUUUGAUUUCGACGAUGGCGGCACCUACUGCGGCGGUUGGGAGGAUGGAAAAGCACACGGACACGGCGUAUGCACGGGACCCAAGGGCCAAGGUGCUUACUCUGGUAGCUGGCACUAUGGCUUCGAGGUCUCCGGAGUCUACACCUGGCCUAGUGGCUCGGCUUACGAGGGCCAAUGGCAGAACGGGAAACGACACGGCCUGGGCAUGGAGACCCGUGGCCGCUGGAUUUAUCGCGGCGAAUGGACUCAGGGAUUCAAGGGUCGAUACGGUGUCCGACAAUCGACCACGUCCACGGCGAGGUACGAGGGCACGUGGGCGAGCGGUCUUCAGGAUGGCUACGGCUCGGAGACCUACGCUGACAGUGGCACGUAUCAAGGUCAAUGGUACCGCGGGAUGAGACACGGAUACGGCGUGAGAGCCAGCGCCCCGUUCGGUUUAGCGAGUCACUACAAACCGUCGAAGCAAGUCAGGGCUUCUCUAACAUCCUUGAGGAGCGCGGAUGGCGGUGGACCGACAGCCCCGACCCCGGAACCAACGGACAGAAGGGAUCGUCGGGUGGACGACAGCAGGGGUGGUUUCGUGUUGAAGGCCAGGAGCGACGACCCUCCUGCGCGGAGGAAAAGCCUCACAGAGAAGUCCUUGAAGAAGGGCAUCCUCUCGGGUCUAAAAAUCCGAAAACAAAGGAGCACGGGCGACCUAGAAAAGCGCGGCACCGGGGGCAGUAUUAGAAGCAACGCUAGCUCGGCGUCGUGGAUGUCGACGGAGAGCUCGCAGAGUCAAGCAUCGGCGUCCGUCCACACGGACAGUAACGCGUCCUUUGUCAUCGAGGACGAACAGAUGGACGCCUCCGUGACCGAGACCUACCUGGGCGAGUGGAAGAACGACAGGAGGACAGGCUUCGGUAUAUCGGAGCGCAGCGACGGGCUGCGCUACGAAGGCGAGUGGUUCAACAAUCGAAAGUACGGCUACGGCGUGACGACGUUUCGCGACGGCACCAAGGAGGAGGGCAAGUACAAGAACAACGUCCUGAUCACCAGCCAGAAGAAGAAGCACCUGUUCCUCAUAAGAUCAGCAAAGUUUCGCGAGAGGAUAGAGGCAGCGGUGAACGCUGCUCAAAGAGCCAGCAAGAUCGCUCUUCAGAAAGCCGACAUCGCCAUCUCGAGAACAGCGACAGCGCGCGGCAGAGCCGAGCUGGCAGACAUCGCCGCCGAGCACGCGAGGGAGGACUCCGAGUUGGCGCAACAAACAGCGAAGCAAUUCGCUCCGGACUUCAGGCAACCUGGAUUGGAGAGGUUACGGAACAGAGAGAUACCAAAGUACGUGCCGCCUCCUCAGGACACAGUGCCUGCGAAGAGCAUCCUUCACAAGUCGGCCAGCGUGGAUCAGCCAGGUUCAACGAAGGGUCCCACCUCGACGGGCGAGCCGACCUCGACAACGGCCACGUCGGCGACUUCCACCGCGAGCAACGUGAUGCAAUCGAUCAGGAGGGCCAGCAUGAAGCCGCAGAAUCAGAUGAUGCAGAAUCAACUGCUCCAGAACCAGAUGCCGCAGAACCCCCUGCCGCAGAACCAGCUCACGCACGAUCAGAUACCGACUCAGGUGACUCCCGCUCAGCUCAUCAACCAGUUGCCACUGAGUCAGUUGAAUCAGACUACCCUGAGCGAUCAGAACCCUUACCAAACGCAGUACCCCCAGCCGAUGGCUCAGAAUCCUCUCCAACAGGGCCAGUAUCCUAACAGUAUACCGAAUCAGUAUCAGCAAAUGGGCCAGUUUCAGGGUAGCCCGUACGCCCCGCAAAAUCAGUUCCCUGUUCAGGGUAGUCCGUACGGUCAGCCGCAGUACCAGCCUAUGAGUCCACCUCAGGCCGAUCAGUAUUCGUAUCAACAGCAGCCGGUUAGCCCGCAAGGCUACCAGAAUAUGCAGGCUUAUCCGAAUCAGCAGACGAUGCCGAAUCAGUACGGUCCAGGACAAAUGAACCAGUACAAUUCGCAGCAACUUUACGGCCAGCAGCAACAACCACCGCCCCAACAACAAACGCAAAUUCCACAACAAUACCAACCUGACGGGGACCCGCAACGACCACCGAGUUCAACGAGUAUACGAAGGAAUAGCAGGAUCUUGACGCCUCAGGAUCGACCCGGCACCAUUGGGCAAACGCUAAACGACAGAUUAGACCAUUACAAGAGGCCGCCCAGCCGCGACAGUUCCGUAGACCGCUACGCCAGAGCGCAUUCCCGGUUGACUGGAUCGAGACAGCCGUCCGUCGAUAAAACCAUCACGAAUCCGCCCCAAGAUAUGCUCGACAGAUCAACGAGAGCACCAAGCGCGAUUCGCUCGGGCACUCCGCUGAACGGAUCCGUGGUGGGAAGCGGCACCGCGACGCCGACAUACGCCGCCUCGACCUCCAGCCAAUUCGAGGGGGCUCUGCUCAAGAAUCGCGGCCUUGGACAGGACAUCCUGCCGAGCCAGGGACAGCCUAAGCGUACAGAGAGCCUCUACGUCACUCCCGGACGCGGCUCGAUCGCAUCCGGUGGUGGUGGCGGCGGCGGUGGCGGCGGGGGUGGCGGUAUGCCGAAGGACGCAGGCCGGACGGUCCCCGCCUUCGCCGCAACGCCAAAGGGCCGCGCAACCCUAUGAGUAUAAGUAUAAUAAUAAUAAUGUACACACUGCGACAGCGAGAGUAACGAAGCUUGGCGCCGCGUUUCGCGAUCAACGAGAGCCGAGAGACGGUUCGCGAACUGGAUCCUGGAUGUCUCAGCGACGAAAAUGGGGAUGAAAACGGCUGGUGCGCCUGAUAACAUCGGGACGGGGAAAGGGGGACUGGAACAACAUUAACGGGGCUGUUUAGUAAAGCUAAUCUUAGCGAUUGAGAUCGAGAUACCUGGUGGAUUUCACGCGAUGCACCUUAAACGCUUGCGUCCGUGUUUCAUUAUUUUAACAUUAUUUUUUUGUCUCGUACUAACGUAAUUUAAUUUUUGGGAUUAGCUUGGACUACAAUUAGUAUGAAAAAAAUAUUUAAAAAAUCCAUAUAGUGCAGUUUUCGAGGAAAACUGGUCUUUCCUCGCGUGUACAAAUGACAAUUCGCCCUAAACGAUAGUGUCGGUAGUUUUUAAAUUUUGUGGGCAAAUAUGGAGACGACCAGUUCUUGAAUUUUUGACAAUUUCAGAGGCGUAAUCGCGGAUUUAACGCAAAACGUAACUUCCUUAACUUCAACGCAAACGAAAGGCCAGAAUAAACUGCACGAGUUUGCUGUAAUUUGCUAUGGUUGCAUAAAUACGGGCGCAAAUGUGCGAGGCUCGCGCAGCUAUGUGCCCAUGGCACACAGAGCUUAAUGUCGCUCGGGAUGUAACGUUGCCCGUGCAAGCGAGCCAAUUUCGAAGCUGCUCGGGCGGUAAGCUUGUUGACUGUGAAAUCCAGCCCCGACGAGCCAUUAAGGUAAACUUGCAACGUUCCAGAGCCGACGUUGAAAGGUGUAUCUUGUAUUCGCCGGAGAAUCCAGGGUCUGCUCCCGUUCGAGGCUUCGGACAGUCUCUCGAGCUUCGACGAACCAUUAACCAGCCGAUCGGAACGCUCGUUCCUGUAUACAUUCCCGAAAAAGAAACUCGGAAAUCAGAUUUUACAUAACGCCUCGUUGUCGAACGAUGAUGUUUAGCUAAACGCCCAAGUCCAGACCAAACCGACCCAGCGUUUCAGCAAAGAUUACGUUCGCGCCAGCAGCAAAGACUGCGGACCGAUCGAACCCUCGCUCGAAUGUUUGAAACGAGACUCGUUGCGUUCUAUACAGGGUGGCCAACUGAAAGUAAGGCGAUUCCAUAUGCGACAACGAGUCGAAAAUGUGGAAUGAAUAUUUUUUGUUUGACCUCGCGAUCUCGAGGAAAUUGAAAAUCUGUUGGAUAUGGACGUUUUUUGUAUAAUUUAGAAUCCACCCCGCCCGGUGAACAAAUACAGAUGCUUAUUAUUACCAAAAGGAUUCCGUAGAAUUACUAUUAAGUCAUUUUCCAAGAUGUUGUCACGUGUUGCAUACAGACUACCACCGCAGUCUUGGCAAUUAAGCUUUCCAGGCUGAAAAACUACGUAAAAUAACAAGC